CAUCCGAGCAGUUUUCAUACGAAGUCUAUUAUAGGCCUGUAAUCCUGAAUUUCGAUCAUGAUAAGAACAGGGAAUCAGUGCUGUUUAUGAUAAUGCCAUCUUUUUCAGGAUUCAGCAAUGUUUCUAUUUUUGGGUAUAUUUUGUGGUAUUCAUAAUUUCUCGCCUCUCCUCUUACCUUACUCCAAUCCUAAAAACUGAUUGGACUUUUCAGCAUCAGUUUUUUCACCACAAUUUUACUUUCAAGUGGUCUUGGUCUGUGGAAGUUAUCAUGGCAUCCUACGAGCAGAUGCUCUCAGAUCUACCCACCGAAAUUUCUCUAGUCUUCUCCAUUGUAAAGAAAAUGUAAACUACUUGGUGCCAGUUACAUCUGAUCUCCCACCAUCUUGCCAAUGUCAAAGAUUGUGUUCUACCCAACUAAAGGCCUGUCAUUACGAAUCCAUUCUGGACAGAAUCUUCUCUUUCUCUGUCAUAUCUACCGUAGUUUCAUGUUACCUCAGCUAGUCGCAAUAGACUACUUGUCAUAACUCCUAAAACUUUUGGGGAAGAAUAAUUACCAGAAAAUAGUGUGGUGUUUUGUUACUACUUUCAGUUACCAAACUUUCAUAUGUUUUUGCGUUUGCAAACUUUGAAAUAUGGCCAUACAAUCUCUAUAGGAUAAAUUCAGUCUGAAUAUUAGUGCCAUUUCAUAUUUGUGCUUCUCGGUUAAACCAAUAGUUAACUUUCUUACCCUCAAAAUUGGCUGAAAUUUUUUUUUGCACUAUAAAUAUUCUUUUCUUUGUAAAUUUAGAUUAAUUGCAUCUAAUUCUUCUUUUAGUGUUAAGUCAUUCAACGUAGUUAGUCAAUGAGUGAAGCGUCAUUAACAACGCUAUCAAUCCUUCUAGUUUGAAGCUAGUGUAAAACCAAAGUUUUUCUUUAGUCUAAAGUGUCUAAUUUAGUCAAAAUGAAUUUUGAAAAUUCAAGUCACUUUUGGAAGUAGUAAUUCUACUUGUUCUGUUUUUUUUAUUAUUAUUCAUUGUCCGUUUUGCAUCCUGAGUUUUUGAUGCUCUUCUAAUCAUCAUGAAAACGAACAGAGAAACAAGUCAAAUCCCAAAGGAAGGGGAGAAAGAACAAAACACAGAAGCAGCUCGCACAAAGAAGAAAAAGAUGGUUGCAGCUAAAAAGGACUUAGCGCAUCAGUGUCCCAAGUGUUCGAAAAGAUUUAGUGUCUCGUACUACUUGAAGAAACACCUGAGAAUCCAUAGCGGGGAGCGACCUUUUGCCUGUAAUUUAUGUCCAAAACGAUUCGGUCAAAAAAGCACUUUGAUCAAUCAUCAGCUUUGUGUUCAUCAAAUUGGAGAAGCCAAAAAAUUCCCUUGCCCAUACUGCGAGAGAGUAUUUCCAAUGAAAGAUAGGCUCAAGCUCCACAUACGCGUUCACACAGGGGAGAAACCUCACAAAUGCUGUUUCUGCAAACAGCGAUUUGCUCGAGGUAGUCAAGUCAUCCAGCAUAUGCGUAAACAUUCCCAAGCAAGACCGUACGAGUGCGAUGAUUGUGGAGCCAAAUUUGCUGCCCGUAUUACAUUGGCACUGCAUUGUAAAAGGCACUUGGGUGUAUUGGAUUAUGUCUGCAACAUAUGUGGGAAAGCCUUUUUACGUGCUGAUGGUCUCCAAAAACACAUCACCAGCCUUCACUACAAUGUAAAGGCUUUCAAGUGCAAGAUCUGCAAUCAGCAAUUCAAAGGUCACAUUCUGCAGCAUCUGCAAACUCAUCGAAAGGAGAAACCCUUCAAGUGUCAGCAUUGUCCAGCCACAUUCAUUCAGAAAUCUCAACUGAAGGUCCACGAACGUAAACACACCGGUGAAAAACCCUACGAAUGCCAGUUCUGUCAUAAGACAUUUGGUCACUCUACAGUUCUUAAUAUGCAUGUCAGGAAACACACCGGUGAGCGUCCUUUCAAAUGUUUGAUUUGUGAAAAUGUGGCAUUUUUCCAACUGCCUCAUCUUAAAAAGCAUAUGAAAAGUAUCCAUAAAACAGAUUGUCCGUACUAUUGUGUCACGUGCAAGACAUUUUUUAAAGCUAAAAGUCAGCUCAUCAAACACGAAUCUGACUGUUGCCCUGAGUCUGCAUCUGAGCGAAAAUUUUACACCGCUCCGCUCUUGCAGCCGACGACCAACAGCAUGCCCAUCACAAGGAUGCGCCUGUUGUUGGCAGUAUUAUUGAAAAGAAUUUCCACACCUGAGCGGUUGUCUGCCCUUGGCUUUGGGAAACGUUUGAUUGACGAAGUGUUGUGUGAAUCAAUUAAAAAUUCUGGUAGGAAACCCAUCGUAGAUGAUAGUUUGAAUGAGAUGGAAAUUUUGAAGAAGAACAUAGAAAUCUUGCUUGAUUGGACCAUCCCGAGAUCGUACAUGCAGAAGUUUAAAACCGAGAAACGGUCAAUGGAAGAGCUCCUUGAAGAGUUAACUUCGUGACAUGGGUGUCCCCAAGUAUCAUUUAUGCUCUUCUUUUGUGCCUUUUUCAGCGCCACUCUCCACAUUUUCUCUCUGUCUAUCUCUGCAUUUUUUCAUACUUCUUUGAUGCGACGCAUGUCGAUGCUUCGCCAAGGAGCUCUUCCCUUUACCCGAGCUCUUAUAUGAUAGAUUUUCUAAGACUGCUGAUGACUGACUAGAUAAUUGGGGAAAGGAGUAAUUUGGUUUUCCACAAAAAGUCUUGAAUCUUGAAAGAUUCCAUAUUUAAAAUUUUAGGUACGUUGCAACAACUUUGUUCCAAGAUAUUAAUUAAAUAAGUCCCGGAAACUCUCUCAUGAAGUUUCUGUGACAUAUGUAUACUCGAGCCCUAAUGGCUAUAGUGUAAAAUGAUGUAUGCACCCCAAUAACUGUAAACUCGAAGAAAAAUACAGAGCUCAAAUCGGCACUACUCCAAGGCUUAUUACGAUUGGACAAAAACAUGAACUUAGAUAACUACAUAGUUCUUCCGAAUCAAUCAGUCAAGUAUCCAAAUGAAGAAAUUGUGAACCAAAUAGUGCAAGUAAGCAGGUUAAGAAUUUGUGUAUCUUCUUACCUACUCCUAUCCUGGACUAAAAAUUCAUUUUUUUUCGUACCUAUCAGAAAUUUCUUCACUGAAGCUAUUGAUACGCUAUUUAAUGUCGGUAACUUUUUAUUAACUAUAUCUGACUGAACUUCAUUUUACCGUCAUUAAAUUAGUCCAAGUGCAGUCAGUAAAAUUGAGCCAAAGAUUGUUGUAAUGUAAACAAUUUCUAUUUUGAUGUUUAAUGUUUAUUCUGCUCGUUAUCAGUCAUCAAAUAGUUGUUUUCCGUUUUGACAAUAUUGUAUAGCUGUACAACUUUUUUCUUUCUCUUUUAUUUUUCAAAAUUAUUUUAUCGUUCUUGUUAGUGCUUUUUACUUACAAUUGGUAGCAGUAAUGCUUCUCUAUGCUAUGAUUUUUUCGUUUCAUCUUGAAUCAACGACUUGUUGAAAGAAAACAAGUUCUUUGAGAAAAUUGACUCUUCACAAAUAGAUUAUGACCCUAGUUUUCUAGUAGAGAAUUCUGCUCUAAGACUCCAACAUUAAGAUGCUAUAUCUCUGCAGGGCUAAUGCAUGGUUUUUUAAUAUUCCCGCAUAAGUGUGAGAUUGAUAAAUCACCGAUUUUCCAGGAGGCUCUCUGAUUUGACCAUUAAAAAUGGCAAGCUUCGGUCAAAUGUGUCUUCAGUUCAAAAUGAAUCAGUGAAAAAGUAUGGUUUCCAAAUUUCUGAUCUUUUUCUGCAGUGCUACAUGAUGUAAUCAUUAGACUUGUAUAUUUUAGUUUUUCUAUUUUUUAUUUUAUUGUUUGGUGAUUUUUUUUUCUUUUUUCUUAUUUUUUUUUUCUUCUUUUAAUCUUUUAAUGUCAUUGUAUGCAAAUCAGGUUUUUUUUUUCAAAGAUCAAAAAAAAUUCUGUAUUCAGAAGGAUUUUCAGAUAGUUUUUGGUUUCAUCUGCAUGCACAACUUAAUGAGAAAAGACGAAAGUCACUUGAAUUGUUAUUAUGCAAUUCUAGAGUUUCUUCUCUCAUGUUAUCAACUGUUUAAAAACAUUGAUGUGAAUCUAGAAAAGUGCGCCCCUGAUAUCUCUUUCCCCCAAUCUUAACCUGUGCAGAUUGUUCAGUUGAAAAGGAAUAGAAAAUUUUUUAUUCUUCACUUACUAUAAAACUAUUUAGAAGUCUUUCAAAUCCAAAGAAGCUAUCCUGGGUGUAAUAUUUAAUGUUUUAAAUGCCAGAAGCUGCUGGUAGGGCACCUUGAUGCAUCUCUUCAAAAACUUGCACUUAAGAUUGCCCAAAAACUAGUCAAAUUUUUAACCCCUACUGGCUAAAUCACCAGUAGGAAUGAAAUCCGAAGACACUUGGUCUCAUCUGAACUUCGAAAUCGGAAGUUAAAUAAUACUAAAUAAAUUUUGUACGAGUGAGAAGACUCUUGUAUAUGAAGGUUCAUACCAUUGUUUGAUUUUUCAGAUUUUCUACUAAUUACUUAUUGGUGCCCUCUGGAUAACUUUAAGCACUGUAUUAGAUAAGUUUUCCUUUCAAUGUCUUUUUUGUCUUGAAACAAUUUCAACGAUGAAACUGUUGAAAUGCGUUUCUUGGUUCGCAGCACUGCAGACUUCUGGCCCUACUUAAUUUUCUAAGUAGAAAACCACUCAACAUCAUUUCUUGAAAUCUUUGGGGAUUUUUUUUCUGUGUGUAAGAAAAUUUUAAGCCAUGAUGUUGAUUCAUUCUCCUUAUAAAAAAUUAAGAAGGAGCGGGGAUUUUGAAACACUGCAACCGAGAAACGCAUUUUUGUAGUUUCACAUUCUAUUGGAGUUAUUUGGUGGCAGUUUUGUUUUGUUUGUUUUCCCUAAAGGAGCGGUUAAUUUACUCGCACCCAAUCAGAAUACGCUUAAACUCUUCAUCCAGCUAUAUUUGUCAGGUUUGUGUGUGCUGAAAAUAAUUUUUUUAGAUUCAAUUUCUCAUUUUCCUCAAAUUUGUAUCAGUAGAGUUUAAUAAACCUCCUCUGAGUGGGCUUGUUUAAGCGGAAUCAGAGUAACUUUAUCAGACUUAGCCUAAUUUCCUCUCGUGAUUUAUUUUUUUACAGAAAAAUUAGCAAUACUCUGUCUUGAAAGUUUGCAUAUAUGUUCUGUUAAAUUCUAGGGAAUCUCACUGAAACGUUUAAAGGGCUUUUUUUUUAUACAAACCGCAGUGGAUCGCCACGGAAUGCUUCAAAUUUUUAUCCCGUUCCACUGGUGCGUUCCAUGUGUUCUAGUGGAACACUUGGACCGCUCUUCCGAGGUGGGUUGAGGCCGCGGUUAGGCCGGUUGAACCAGCCCGAACUGCUACCAUCGCGUUCCACAGAUUGAAAAAAAAGCCCUUAACACGAAACGUAAUUUAGUUUUCUGGCAAUAAAAUAAAAGAUUAGAGGAAAUCAGGCAAUGUGAAUUCCAGUUAGACUAUUCCCUGGCAAAUCCAUCCAUUUGAUAAAAGAGGACAAGUGAAAUGCAUUCCUUAGCAAAUCUCCCAUGCUAUAUUCUAGUCUCCAAAGAAAUUUUGGCUGGGUGUGAGUAGUUGUAUUCGCAUGUCUCCUCUGUUUUCUUCUCCUUUAAAAUUAAUCAAUUUAGUUUCUUUGAUUGUCAUGAAUUCAUGUGUAUGUACCAAUCUGUAUCAUCUGAAUUGUUCUCAGAUCAGUUACAUAUCAGAGGUUUACCAUUCAACUCUUUGUUCUAGAUCUCGUUACUAACAUUAACUUUGUAAUUAACGUUUGUGCCAUCAAAGUUUCCUAGUAAUUUUUCUGACUAAUAAUGUUACCUCAUUGCCUUUUCAAGGUGGUAAUUAUGACUGAUGAAGCAAAAUAAGUACCAAGUGAGUUUAACUGUCUCUUGAGGAUUGAAUAAUCCGAAGUUUAAAACUGAAUCCCUCAUUCUCAACGAAAACAACGUAGUUGGCAGUGCCAACAUGACAAAAAUUUCAAGCCUGCAAAAGGGGUCACUUUUUCCGUCUGCAGCCGUCCAAAUCUUGUCACUCGUGUACUUUUUUAGCCAUGGCAGUGACAUGAACUCAAAGCCAACUCAGUGGCUCGGCCGCUCAACAUUAUUUUGAAACUCCUCACCACCCCUUAUAAAACACCCUUCAGGCAACUUUCUGUCCCCAUUCUCAUUUUGCCGAAAAUAAAGGAGAAGCCUGAAAACAGCUUGAAAUGUUUUUUGUUUUGUUUAAGUGAGUGGCUUUCAUCAGGCAGGACUUGACCCCCCCCCUUCCCCCAGCUAGCUUGCGGAAUACGUGGACAUCAUAUAAUGUAAAAAAGUGACGCCUUUUGUUAUGUUUUGACCUGAUCCUCUUUUAUGACCUUGCACCGUUGUUGAUUUAUAGAGUUUUUCCAACUAGAAUUUCCAAAAAAAUGUAAGGAAUUUUUCCAGGCUCAAAUCCUUUGUGAUCUCAUUAUUCAAUAUAUCUUGAAUCUUUAGUUGAUUUCCUCUGCCAAUUUUACCACUGGUCAGAAAAAAUGGUUCUUUUUCCAGCUCAAAACGCGCAAGUUAAAACGUGUCGGUACUUUUGAAAAAUGUAGGAUUCCAGAUGAUAAUUAAUCUAGAUAUGUGUCAGCAAGUAAAUGUUUUAGUCCUAAUAUGUCAAUCAAAUCUACUCCUGCAUCAGAGAGUUUUUCACCGCUUGCCGUUUCAGUCAAAGGUGAAUCCAGCAAGUUGGCAACACUAGCUUUUUUCCAUUUAAACCUGUGUUGAAUACUCGAUUCUAGUUGAAACGCCUGUCUCCUCCGAUAAUCGAUAGAUUUCAAUAGGUUUAAAUAGAGAGAUGGUUUCAGUCACUGUCAGCUUACUCGAAUAUUUCACCAAAUAAGACGGGCUUACUCCUAAGCAUUUUGGACUUAAUCAAUUAAAAGACUCUCUUUUUUCCAUUGCCAGUUCUAAUUUACAGAUAGUAAAUUUCUGGCCCUUCUUUUCAAAUUCAAAUCCACUAAAAAGAGCUUAUAAAGCCUAUCCCACUUCGAGUUGAAGUGGCACCUCUGAAAAUAAUAUUCGUUUUGACAGUCACUAAUCACACUUGUGUGUCAACUCACCCACCUGUGGAACUGUUUGUUUGACUAAUGAUUAUUGCCUAAUUCUCUGAGUGAAUUUGGAUGGGUUCAAAAUUUACAGACGGUUUAUCUUCCGUAGUAAGCUUGGAUUUGACCCUCGUUUUGUUACCAAAAAAAAAUAAUUUUGCUUCCGCUUAACCAGUCAGACUUAUUUCCUCCUUUAAAUUAUAAAAAGUAUAUAAAGUCGCUAAAAUAUUUCUAGUCUUGACUAAUAGUUUUGUUUGUUUCUGACCAAAAAAAUUAUUAAUUUCACCACUUGAAGUUGACUAGGAUGAAACUGCCAUCGAAUGUUAUUUUAAUUUUCAUUAUUUCUAAUAAUUUUUGUUUACUUGGUUUGAUGUUACUUGUAAAUUAGUCUAUUGAAUUAGGGUUCACUUUGUUUGGGUUCAUUUUAUUUUGGUUUUUCAAACUAUUGUCAUGUUAGUUUUUUCUAGUUUUUUGUUUCUAGUGUAACCAAAUUUAAGUGUAGUAAGGCAAAGUAUCAAAGAUUUUAUACCCCGAGACAAGAACAGUUUCUAUUUUAUUUUAUUCUCUCUGACUCUUGCCAAUAUAUUGAAGUUAAGAAAUCGUCAUAGUCUGAUUGAAAGAUAUGUCGGAAGAGCUGAUCUCAGCAAUUUGAAAAUCCAGAUGCAAAAACCGUUCAUUAUCAUCAUAAUCAUGCACCUAUCCAUAGAUUUAUGCACCUAUGAAAUCUGGCAACACUGUAAUAGUUUGCUGAAUAUUAGCUGGAUAUUUCAGAGAGUUGAAAGUGGAAAUGUGUAUUGUUGCCGCAAGUUUAGGAUCUGCUUCGAUUGUCUAGUAGGCACUGAUUGCUUUUUCAAUCAACUGUAGAAACAGAAGUUUCAUACAUAUGAAAAUCAGUCUGCUAUCUAGGAAGAAUAAAUUUAGAAGUGUUCUCCAUUUUGUUUGUCAUAGAGGAAAAUUUAGAUAAUGCAAGUUUUAUAAAAAGGAAAGGGAAAAAAUUAAUGUGAAAGAGUAGGCAGGUCACUAAAGUUCCUUUAAAUUAAAGUCUGAUAUUUAUUUUAAGGAAAUUUAAUAAAUCCCUGUGCACUUUCAUUGUGUAAUUAAUUAGUAUCAAGCACUUAUUUAUUAGAACAGUCUUGAAGAGGCAAAAAGUAAAAAAAUUAAUGUAGCAGAAGUUACAUUGAAUUGUUUGCAAAAUAUCCCUUCCUUUUUCUCCUCUAAAUUUAUAAUGAUACCCAUUCAAUUCAGAGUGAAAUGGAGGCAAAUUCUGGUUACCAUCGCCAGUUUAUUACAUUUCUACAAACCGAUGCUUCGCCCAUCAAGAAUAUGUUGUGCUUUGCUAAAAGCAGAUUUCUUAUCAGGCACUAUUGAUAAUAUGCUUUAUAAGUCAUUAAUUUUAUUCUCUUUAUGUCUAAACUUAUCUUUUAAAAAUAUGAUGUAUAUUGAACACAAGAAUAUCUCACCGUGUUUUUACAGCUUGAGUAAAUAGACUAAUUACCACGCUCCCAGUCAUUUGUUCUGUAACUAGUUAGGAAUCUACUUUACAUAUUCAUUUAUAAUUCUUUGUAGUUACUUUUCCUCUCGAUUUUAAUAUCUGCAAUUUUGUUCGUUACUUCUUAAAUGCUAUAUCCUAUGUUUGUGUGAUCGAUUUAUGUAUGUGUGUGUGUACUGGCUCUUUAGAAUAUACUUCGUGUUUGAUUCAUAA